CCCCGCCAGACCUUCCGCUAACAGUAACACUCCAACCUCAAGGAACAUCCAAAUCCAAUCGACACCGCCAGCCUUUCAUCGCCAACGACCCCGAACACGCUCAAAGACGACCUCCUCCAACGAUAGACACGCAUACAAAGAGCCCAUAAUGGCCUCCGUCGACCCUUUCGACUCGGCUCUCGACCUCCUCCGCCGCCUGAACCCGAAACACACGACCGACCACCUGAAUGCAAUCAUCUCCCUCGCACCGGAUCUGACGGAGGACCUCCUCUCGUCCGUCGACCAGCCCCUGACUGUCAAGCGCUGCAAGCAGACGGGCCGCGACUACCUCCUCUGCGACUACAACCGCGACGGCGACAGCUAUCGCUCCCCAUGGAGCAACCAGUUUGACCCGCCUCUGGAUGAGGGCGGCGUCGGCGGUGUCGGUGCCGGUGGUAGCGAGGGUGCCGGCGAGGGCGCAAUCCCCAGCGAGAGGGUCCGCAAGAUGGAGGUCAAGGCCAAUGAGGCGUUUGACGUGUACCGAGACCUGUACUACGAGGGUGGUGUGAGCAGCGUAUACUUUUGGAAUCUGGACGAUGGGUUCGCCGGCGUGGUUCUCUUGAAGAAAUCCGCGACACCCGGCGGAAGCGCAGAGGGCGUAUGGGACUCGAUCCACGUCUUCGAGGCCAUUGAGCGCGGCCGAACAACGCAGUAUAAGCUCACCUCGACCGUCAUCCUCUCGCUCUCCACCUCGACCAACGCCCUGGGCGACAUGGACCUCAGCGGCAACAUGACACGGCAGGUCGAGCAGGAGCUUCCGGUUGACGGCGACGAGAGCCACAUUGCCAACGUGGGACGGCUCGUUGAGGACAUGGAGCUCAAGAUGCGGAACCUGCUGCAGGAGGUCUACUUUGGCAAGGCCAAGGACGUCGUCGGCGACCUGCGGAGCGUGGGUAGCCUUAGCGAGGCUGGUAGGGACCGCGCGGCGCAGAGGGAGAUUAUCGGGAGCAUGCAGAAGUGAUGAGCCCCCGGUCCGGUCCUACUUGAGCUUCAUCAAAAAGUUGCAAUCCUAGAAAUUGGAGCACAAUUGAUACCCCGCUCAUGAUGUUGCGGGCAUCGAGGUCCAUGGUAGAUGAGUAACACGGGGGCGUGGCGCUGGAUAUCGAGAUCGGGUUGUACGGUUUUAUUUUCCAAGCCGGGCUUUUCAAUAUCUCCCAAGAUCGGAUCUCACUGUUGUGCGGCGUUGGCGUCGGGAUGGAGAAAAGCAACGAUUGGGAUUGCCUCU